CACUUUUUUGAAAAAAAAUGCACUUUCAAAAAAUUCCGCAUGGUCGGCAGCACCCAUCAACCUCGCACAGAUCUGGAUUGGCAGUGAUAGAUUGCUAUUGAUAUCGGUAUCAUAGAAGCAAGCUCAACAACGAUAGAUUCCUUUAUUGCCUUCAUUGCCUUGCAUCACUCAUCUUAUUCAUCUGCAAAAGCCGGAAAUUCUGUCAACCACGAAAAUGCAUCGUUCAGUCCUCUUUUUGUAUUUGUUCUGUCCCACAGUUACUUGGGCUCUAGCACCUGCUCUGGUCCAUACGGCCGUGGGUGCCAUUGCUGGGAGUACCGGAGCCAUUGCUGCCUAUCCCAUUGACUAUGUGAAGUCUCAACUGCAGACGGAAGAAGGCCGUGAAAAAUACGAGGGAGGCUUUGAUGCCGCAUUGGAUAUUGUUCGCAACGGCGGUCCGUUUGCAUUGUACCGUGGACUCAUGGUCAACGUGGUGGGUGUCGCACCAGAGAAAACUGUCAAACUGGGUGCCAACGCCAUGGUGCGAGGAAUGUUAAUGGCACAAUUGGGAUACUUGCCUUUGGCGGGAGAAGUCUUUGCCGGUGGAUUUGCCGGCGCCACACAAGUGAUUGUCACCAAUCCACUGGAAGUCGUUAAACUCAAAAUUCAAACCUCCCAAAUGGGAGCCAAAGAAGUCCUUUCGCAACUUCACGGAUUGGCCGAUUUGUACCAGGGAGCCGGUGCCUGUGUGGCACGGGAUGUGGUCUUUUCGGCCGUUCUCUUUCCGCUCUAUGCCCAUACCAAGGUGGCAUUUGCCGCCGCAUUGGUGGGUAUUUGCCCGCCCGAAACCGUCACCUUUUGGGCCAAUUUGCUGGCGGGUAGCAUUGCCGCGGGACCUGCCGCCAUGAUUUCCACACCCGCCGAUGUCGUCAAAACCAGACUGCAACAAGCGAGAGCGAGUCCGCCACCGAUGAAGGUGGGAACACCAUUGACGGAAUCGUCUUCUUCGAACAACAACUUGCCCAGUAAUAAUAGAGGGAGUCCCGUGCCAUUGCGUGCGGCAUCCUCGUCGAGUCAAUUGUCCAUGGCCAAGAAUACGGUUGGUGUUGUGGAAGAUGAGGAGAGCAGCAAGGCAUCCAUGUUCCAAGUUAUGAAUGAUAUUGCCACCAAGGAAGGGCCGGAUGUGCUCUUUAGUGGAUGGGCAGAACGGGUGGUUCGAUCCGUUCCACAGUUUGGUGUCACGUUGGCGGUCUUUGAUCUUCUCAACAAUUACGCAAUAAACCAAGGAUGGCUCUUGGAGCAAAUUGCCAACUAAUGAUGGACUGAGGAUGGAUUUAAAUUAGAUGGCGAGAUGGAAUCAGUACACGCCAAAAGUUUUGAACUGUGCCAGCUAGCUAGAGCAAUGCGUUAAACGAUAGGGUACACAUAUUAUUUU